AUGAGCCAGAACUGCUCAAAAAACUCCUAUGACCAAAAUGAGAAUGAUAUAGAAAAGAAAGAAAAUGAUGUUGAAUUAAUACAACAGUUAACAAAUCAACGAAAGGACAAUAAGAAUGUGCUGAUUAAAACAAAAUCCAAAACAGUAAAAAGAAAAAACCCUUUGAUUCCACCUAUAAAUAAUAUGGUUAAUCUAUACACGCCUCAACAAUUUUUCGAUCAACCUGCCAACAUCACCAAUAGACAGUUAAUAACCAUAAUUCCUAAGUUCAGACUGGCUAUAUUAAAAGCAAUACAAAAACUAAUAGCAAAGAAGCCGAAAGAUCCAAUUAUUGUAAAAGAAAAAAAUGAGGACAUUGAAUUGAACUAUGCGAGUAGAUCCAAAAAGAGAACCAUGGCAUUGUAUUAUGAUGUAUACAUUAAAAAUGUGAAAAUUCCGUUAAUAAUUGGCUCCAGUUCUGUUGGAUGUAUAAUUUGCAUAAAGUUGCUUAAAGACCUGGAUAUGAAGAUAACAGAAGCAUCUAAAACAAUAAUGGUUAACGUAAAUGAUAAAAAAGAAGACUCUUAG